AUGUCUACCUUCAUCAACUGCACUUCCCAUCAAUUCUUCUGUAACCUCACCAGGGAUCAACAAAUUUGUCGACUUGGUUGGUUGCUCCUAUUCCUCUGGUUAGUUACGAUUAUGUGGAUGACGAAGGAUCUGUGGUGCUGUAACUCUGCUUCUGAGUAUUCAUCUGAGGAAUGUAUUCUGAAAAAAGAAGAUUCGAAGCACACAGAAUUUGGAAGCAUUUGCUAA